AUGGCAGCCGCGGCUAUAGGCGUGGCGCAAAGGAGACCCGCCGCGUCCUCGCCCCCCAUCGCCUAUUCGUCGUCCGCCGCAUGGGUUAAGAUUGUGGUGCGUGUGUCGAUGAGCGACGAGAAAUCCCGCUCCAAAGCCCUAAAAAUCUGCGUGGGGAUAUGGGGAGUUGAAUCGGCGGCGUUGUCGGGGGCGGAGAAGGAUCAGCUGAGGAAGAGCGUGGCCCACGCGGAGCUCGUGAGCGUCGGUGAGGAUAAGAAAGAAGAUACUAAUAAGCCCGCCGCCGCGGUGGUGACGCCGGCGAAUGCGACGCCUGUUGUCUGGUCGUACCCGCCGCACUACGUCGGGUACAACAGCUACCCGAUUUACGAGAGCUCGUCAAGCGACUCCUGCACGAUUAUGUGA